GGCCCAAGAUGGCGCGGGGUCGGCGGCGCCCGCUGGCAGCGACAGCAGCGGCCGCCUGAGCGCCCGGGGCGGCGGCGGCGGGCCCUGCGCCAUGGAGGGCGGCGAGCUGGCCGCCGAGAGCAUGGAGACCCUGACCGAGCUGGGCGACGAGCUCACCCUGGGCGACAUCGACGAGAUGCUGCAGUUUGUCAGUAACCAAGCAGGAGACUUUCCAGAUCUGUUUUCGGAUCCCUUGUGCAGCACCUUCCAGGGCGGCAGCAGCAGCAGCAGUGGCAGCAGCAGUGGGACCUUGGAGCCACAGUUGCAGCGGUCAUACAGCCAGGUGCAGCUCCAAACCUUUCCGCAACCGCCCGCGUCCCCCCAGCUCCAGAGCCUGCCAGUCAAAGCAGCACAGACGACACCUCCAGCGCCUUCACGCUCAGCCCCUCUCCUUCAGCCCCGGCCCUCGCUCCAGCCUCAGCUCCAGCAGCAGGCCGUCAUGAUCACGCCGACGUUCAGCUCUGCUCCCCAGACCAGGAUUAUCCAGCAGCCGGUCAUCUACCAGAACGCGGCCACAAGUUUCCAAGUUCUCCAGCCCCAAGUCCAGAGCCUGGUGACAUCCUCCCAGGUUCAACCAGUUACCAUCCAGCAGCAAGUGCAGACCGUGCAGGCCCAGCGAGUGCUGACCCAGGCUGCCAAUGGCACCAUCCAGACAUUAGCGCCAGCCACGGUCCAGACAGUUGCUGCUCCACAGGUCCAGCAAGUUCCGGUUCUGGUCCAACCUCAGAUCAUAAAAACGGAUUCCCUUGUCCUGACAACCCUGAAAGCAGAUGGUAAUCCUGUUAUGGCUGCAGUACAGAACCCAGCACUGACAGCACUCACUGCUCCCAUUCAGACCACAGCUCUGCAGACCCUCGUUGGAAGCAAUGGGACCAUUUUGACCACAAUGCCGGUGAUGGUGGGACAAGAAAAGGUGCCUAUCAAACAAGUUCCUGGGGGUGUCAAGCAGCCUGAACCACCUAAAGAAGGAGAGAGGAGAACAACUCACAACAUCAUCGAAAAACGUUACCGGUCAUCCAUAAAUGACAAAAUCAUUGAGCUGAAGGACCUUGUCAUGGGCACAGAUGCCAAGAUGCACAAGUCUGGAGUCCUGAGAAAAGCCAUUGACUACAUUAAAUACCUACAGCAGGCCAACCAUAAGCUGCGACAGGAGAACAUGGUUCUGAAGUUGGCCAACCAAAAAAACAAGCUCUUGAAGGGCAUUGACCUAAGCAGUCUAGUUGAGAACGAUGCAGAUCUGAAGAUAGAUGACUUCAACCAGAAUUUGCUGCUGAUGUCUCCUCCAGCCUCUGAUUCGGGAUCUCAGGCUGGCUUCUCUCCCUAUUCCAUUGAUUCAGAGCCAGGAAGCCCUCUCCUUGAUUAUGCAAAGGUUAAAGAUGAGCCCGACUCUCCUCCUGUGGCGCUUGGUAUGGUGGAUCGCUCUCGAAUACUCCUCUGUGCUCUGACAUUCCUUUGCCUUUCCUUCAAUCCGCUGACAUCCCUCCUGGACAUCCGGGGAACCCCAGAGUCUGACAGCUUGGUGCGCCGCAGCUCUGGCAGAAACAUGCUGACCAUUGAGUCAGAUGCAGCUGGUUGGUUUGGUUGGAUGAUGCCCACGCUAAUCCUGUGGCUUGUCAAUGGAGUGAUUGUACUGAGCGUGUUCAUAAAGCUACUUGUGCAUGGAGAGCCAGUGACCCGGCUACACUCAAGGUCGUCAGUCACCUUCUGGAGGCAUCGCAAGCAAGCGGACCUGGAUCUGGCACGGGGCGAUUUUGCUGCAGCUGCGUCAAACCUGCAGACUUGCCUGUCAGUACUUGGUCGAGCACUGCCAGCUUCCCGCCUGGACUUGGCCUGCAGCCUGUCCUGGAACGUGAUCCGCUACAGCCUGCAGAAACUGGCGCUGGUGCGGUGGCUGCUGAAGAGGACUUCUCAUCAGUGGCGGGCGAGGGAGGCCACUGCGGGCUUCGAGGAUGAGGCCAAGACCAGCGCUCGGGAUGCAGCUCUAGCAUAUCACAAGCUCCAUCAACUCCACAUAACAGGUAAACUUCCCUCCAGCUCAGCUUACUCGGGAUUGCACAUGGCUUUGUGUGCUGUGAAUCUGGCUGAGUGUGCAGAAGAAAAGAUCCCACCCAGCACAAUGGCAGAAAUCCACCUGACUGCUGCGGUUGGCUUGAAAACCCGCUGUGGAGGCAAGCUUGGCUUCCUAGCGAGCUACUUUCUAAGCCAGGCUCAAAGCCUGUGCAGCUCAGAGCGCAGUGCCAUUCCUGACUCAUUGCGUUGGCUGUGCCACCCCCUGGGACAGAAAUUUUUUGUGGAACGAAGCUGGACGGUGAAGUCGGCUGCAAAGGAGAGCUUGUACUGCACCCAAAGGAACCCUGCGGAUCCUAUUGCACAAGUCCAUCAGGCAUUCUGUGAGAACCUGCUAGAGCGAGCGGUGGAUUCCCUCGUGAAGCCUCAGACUAGCAGAGAAACAGCGGGUCAAGAGGAGGAGGAGUCGUGUGAGUUCUCGGGUGCCAUGGAGUACCUGAAAUUGCUCAACUCUUUCUUGGACUCCAUGGGAAGUGGAGCCCCGCCCUUUGCCAGCAAUUCUGUACUCAAGUCUGCUCUGGGUCCUGACAUGGUGUGCCGAUGGUGGUCAGCAGCGGUAGCAAUGGCAAUUGGUUGGCUCCGGGGGGACGAUGCAGCUGUGAGGUCACAUUUUGCAGAAGUGGAACGCAUGCCGAAAUCCCUGGAGAUGUCAGAGAAUGCCCUGGUGAAAGCCACCUUCCACAUGUGUAAAGCCAUGCAGGCCUCGCUGUCUGGGAAGGCAGAUGGACAGCAGAACUCCCUGGGUCACUGUGAGAGGGCCAGCAGUCACCUAUGGAACAGCCUCAACAUGAGCAGCAGCAUCUCUAGCACAGUCCUCAGCAAUAUGAUCCAGCUGCUGGCCUGUGACUUGCUGCUCUCACUCCGCACCAGCCUGUGGCAGAAGCAGGCGAAUGCCAGCCAGGCACUGGGUGAGACCUACCACGCCUCAGCCCCUGAGCUGACGGGCUUCCAGCGCGACCUCGGCAGCCUGCGCAAGCUGGCCCACAGCUUCAGACCCGCCUACCGCAAGGUCUUUCUCCACGAGGCCACCGUGCGACUGAUGGCAGGUGCCAGCCCUACCCGCACCCACCAGCUGCUGGAGCACAGCCUGAGGCGGCGCACACCCCAGAGCAGCAAGCAAGGUGAACUGGACACAUUGCCGGGCCAAAGGGAGAGAGCCACGGCCAUCCUGUUGGCCUGCCGCCAUCUCCCCCUCUCCUUCCUCUCCUCCCCGGGCCAGCGAGCUGUCCUGCUGGCUGAGGCCGCCCGCACCCUGGAGAAAGUGGGGGACAAGCGCUCCUGCAAUGACUGCCAGCAGAUGAUUGUCAAGCUGAGCGGGGGCACAGCCAUUGCUGCCUCGUAGUGCUGUCAUGGGGCCGCCUUGCACAAAGACAGCCUGGUUGACCAUCAGCCUGGACUUCCCUUCUGGAGCUUAAAAAAAGUGCUAGAUUAAGGCUGUGCUGGUGGGAUCUUGAUGGGGUGGGAGGGAGGGUUUUGGUUUUGUUUUAUUUUUUUUCUAAACUUGCCCCAGGUUUAGCUUUAUUAGCUUCCUUUCUUGUUCUCAGGCACUGCAGCAGGAAUCUGUCUAGUUGUGGUUUUUGUCACCUUGCCUGGGGCUCUUGGGAAGCUCUGUCCUGACACUGAUUCCCCAUU